CUUGCUGGCAAUGCAGCGAACAGACUUAGUAAAUAUUGCGGUAGGAACUUCACACCAAACAGCCCGAUUAACUAUGCUCCCAUAACUUGGCUGUAGACUUGGAGUUCAGUAGUGAAACGUGGGCGAAUCGACCGCAAGAACAAACGGGAAAUUCAAUUGUCAGCUGGCCGGGAAAACCGCUCACACCACCCGGCUUCCGGGGAUUCAGGGGCCGCAUCGGUUGACGGCAGACGUCGGUCGGUAGCUCGGGGGAUAAAGGGCGAACAUCCACAUCAUCAUCGCCGACAUCCAUCUCUCUUAUCCAGCGACUUCCGAGAUGUCAAGAAAGCUACAAAGGACAGAAGUCUGCGCCGACUGCAGUGCGCCAGAUCCGGGCUGGACCAGUAUCAACCGAGGGGUCCUGAUUUGCGACGAAUGCUGUUCGGUCCACCGCAGCUUAGGCCGUCACAUCUCUAUAGUCAAGCACCUGAGGCACAGCGGAUGGCCUCCCGCACUACUGCAGAUGGUUCAAACCUUGGCUAGUAAUGGGGCCAACUCCAUAUGGGAACACAGUCUCCUGGACCCUGCUCAGGUGCAGAGCGGCCGUAGGAAACCCAACCCCCAGGACAAAGUCCAUCCCACUAAGUCAGACUUCAUCAGAGCCAAAUACCAGAUGUUGGCCUUUGUCCACAAGCUGCCCUGUCGUGAUGAUGAUGGUGUCACUACCAAGGACCUCAGUAAGCAACUACACUCUAGUGUGCGGACAGGGAGUUUAGAGACGUGUCUUCGGCUCCUGUCCCUCGGCGCUCAGGCCAACUUCUUCCACCCGGAGAAAGGCACUACCCCGCUCCACGUGGCAGCCAAGGCAGGCCAGAUCUUGCAAGCCGAGCUGCUGGUAGUGUACGGUGCCGAUCCCGGAGCACCCGACAUCAAUGGACGGACACCUAUGGACUACGCUAGGCAGGCGGGUCAUAUAGAGCUAGCAGAGCGACUGGUUGAGUGUCAGUAUGAGCUGACAGACAGGCUAGCCUUCUACCUUUGUGGCCGGCGUCCAGAUCACAAAAAUGGCCAUUAUAUCAUUCCUCAAAUGGCAGACAGUCUGGACCUCUCAGAACUGGCCAAGGCCGCCAAGAAGAAGCUCCAAGCGCUCAACAAUCGGCUGUUUGAGGAGCUUGCAAUGGAUGUCUAUGACGAGGUGGAUCGCAGAGAAAAUGAUGCAGAGUAUGGACUCGUCAGACUUGUCGGAUGGGCCCAUCACCCUGCAGGAGUACCUGGAGGUGAAGAAAGCCCUGGCCUCCUCAGAAGCCAAGGUGCAGCAGCUGAUGAAGGUCAACAACAACCUCAGCGAGGAGCUGCGGCGGCUCCAGAAGGAGAUCACACGGAUGCAGACAGAGAAUAGCGCGCUGCGGGGGGGCCAGCAGGCUGGGGGGUCAGCUGGCCAUGGGGUAGGGGGGCCAGGAGGAGGGGGAGGAGGAGGAGGCCACUGGCCCGGAGGGGGUGGGAUGCGAGGAGGAAUCAGUGGAGGAUUCGGGGCAGGAGCGGACCCCCCAGGGCUCUCAGUGCCCUCCUCGGUCGCCCCCCACUCCCAUUCCCAUCGGAGGGACCGCCAGGCCUUCUCAAUGUACGAGCCAGGGGCGGCCCCCGGCCCCACGGCCCAUGGUCCCCCAGUCCUGGACUCCCUGGCAGCCCGCCUGCAGCCCCUCAACACACACAGCGUAAGGAAGGGUAGCAUAGGGGGUCCAACACCGUAUGGAGGUCAUCAUCUGUCUGGAUCUACAGAGAUGGGCAGAUACAUGGUGCCUAAAACAGACAAGCACGGCAGCGGCACUGACAGCGACUAUGACAACACACAAACAUACGACCUCUCACUAAGUAUGGGUCGCAGCAGCGAGGAGGAAGGUCGUGGGGAAUCUGAGGAUGGAGGAGGCGACGCGGGGGAGCCUGACCCCACCUUGCCCUGCACAGAAGAUGUCAUAUUGAAGACCGAGCAGGUGACCAAGAACAUCCAGGAGCUGCUCAGGGCGGCUCAGGAGUUCAAACAUGACAGCUUUGUUCCAUGUUCUGAGAAGAUCCACUCUGCCGUUACUGAAAUGGCCUCACUCUUCCCCAAACGCCCCGCGUUGGAUGCAGUCCACUGCUCCCUCCGUCUUUUGGCUUCCAGUGCCUCACGGUUGCAGGUGGAGUGUCGCAAGGCGGCGCCUACGGAGCCCGGGGCUCCGGCGGUGGACUACCAGCUCCUCACUCAGCAGGUCAUCCAGUGCGCCUAUGACAUCGCCAAGGCCGCCAAGCAACUGGUCACCAUCACCACCCGCGAGAAGAAGCAGUGACCCAACAAACGAACGGCGAGGGAAGACGGAGAGAAAGUAUCAAAAGUGUACUGAGAGGGGCGGGAGGGAGCUAUUAGAAGAGGAGGAUAGAGGGGAAAAUACGAUCACGCUACAGAUGGGAGGAUAAGGGAGGGGGGAGUGACCGAGAGAAAGAUGGGCGCGAUGAGGAAAAGUUUGCAAUAUGAAUGGAAAGGAAUCAGAUAAAAAGCAAAGAGAAAUGAUUGUUAAGUAGAAAUACUACAGAGGGGGAAAAAGAUGAAAUUCCACAAGAAGUGGAAGUGUGAAGUGAAAGUAGGGAAGGACAAGUGGAAGGAUCCAAAGUGGGGGAACCACAGCCUGCAGCAGCCUAAAUAAACUUGUUGGAAUCAGACGUGUAUAAUAAACCGCUUUAACUGUGAUAGGCAUACAUGGAACAUGACGGCGGUGAUGUACAGCGAAGCGACUCCUGAGAUGUUACUGCUUUUAUUUAUUCCCCCCGCCCCCCCGUCACUCGUCGUCCCCUCCCCUAUUCCCCCGUUUACUUUGAAACCAAGAAAGGUUCGGAGGCGUACGUUACGCGAGAGGGCCGAAGACAUCGUCUCACACCAUCUCUGUCCCUCCGUCUCGCGCAAGGGAAUCAGGAUGGUUUUUCGUCUCCUUUUUUUUUUUUUUUUUUUUUUUUUUUUUUCUCUCUGGCCCACUCUUUUGCCCCUCUCUCCCUCCCUGUCCAACCAGACACGAGACCCCUCUGUCUCCUAUCCUGUCCAGAUAGGAUGAGCUUGCGGUGCAGAGAAGGACCCCUCCUGGGACCCAUCUAGCUCCACCUUACUGAAACACCCCCGCCCAGGCUCUUUGACACUUCUUCCUGGGUGAUCUUUUACAGGGGGGGGGGGCAGCAGCAGCAGCUUUUUUUUUUCCUUUUAUUUUCCAACCUACCCCCUCCCCCUGUUGUUGGUGGUACACAGCAUGAUCCGGCAUGUUUUCAUUUCUUUCCUCUUUCCUUUGUUUUUUUUCUUUUAAAUAUGCAGAUUGGGUUGGUCUGCACCUCUGAGGACAAAAAAAAAAAGACUGACUUACAAAAACAAAACACUUACACUGGAAUAAUUGUGAUUUAUUGUUAUUGUUUAUUAUGCCUAUUGUUUUUUUUUGUAUUGGUAUUUUUACUGACUGUCAUCUUGAUUUAACUGUUUUAUGUAUGUUUAUUUCAUUGUCUCAAAUAUGAUUCUCAUUUAGUGGAAUAGGGAGACAGGUGGGAGAAUAUGUGCUCAACCUCUUACUUGGAUUUAAGCGAACAUGCACACAUACACUUAAAAAUAAUAACCUGUGAAGUGGUCCUCAACAUUUCUCAAGCACUCCUUUCCUGAGUGACAGUUGAGGUUGAUUUAGUUGGGUUUUUUUGUUUCUGUUUUGUUUGUUUUUUGUCAUAUGUCCUGUGGCCAAGGUGUUAAAACAGUUGCCAAAAGGGGGAGACAGUGUUGGGAAAGAUCCGCUUUUAGUUUACAGUUUCUGUCAAAGCGAAAAAGCCCCUUGGUGCUUCACGACAGGACCUGGAUCAAACUGUUCUUUCACAAAUCCUCAGCUGUGUCUUUUUUGUGCUCGAUUUAUCUUCCAAUUUGCCUCAUUUUAAUAGAGCCAGUGGAAUCAUCUCAGAAUCAAUCCCAUCUUCCUCUUUUUUUUCUGUGCCAAGCAAUGUAACAAAAUUGCCAUUUGAUCCAGUUUGUGUCUGAGGAUUAAAAUCCCCCCCCCCUCCUCCUCCUCCUCCUCCUCCUCUUCCCCCAGACUUGCUUGAAAGCAGUAUCUUAUAAACACUGCAGGUGUGCUGCUGGCUGCUUGUGUUACACGGCGGCCGUUAUUUGCAUGCAUGUUCAGUCACAUUCAGUUGAUACAAAUACUUGUACGUUGCAGUUAAGCUUUAAGUAGACCUGUGGAAAGUAGCAGAUGGAGCAACCUGGAAUGUUAAAGAGGGUGAGAGAUGCUCAUCGUGUCAUUUCAUUUGAGGAAGUGUGUUCAUUCGAAAUGGAUUAAGACACCUCAUAUGCGCUUGAUUUAGUUUGCCAUGUAUAUUUUUUUAUUUUAUUUUUUUCCAUUUUUGAGACUGUCUGGCAAGCACAAUCAAGCUCACAUUCAGUUUUUUUGUUUUGUUUCUCUUUCAAUGAAUUCUCUGUCACGGCCUGCUGAUCUGGGCCGUAGAAGUCGUCACUACAAGCUCACUGUCUCUGAACUCUGCCAAUGAGACACAGCAUUGGGAACAAAGAUGUUUUUUUUGUUUGUUUGUUUUUUUCAAAAAGAUAGCGCACUUAGCCUCAAGUAGGUUAUAAAGCUUGUCGUACUGUGCCGAACAAAAACAUGGUCAUAUCUGUAACAAAGGAUGCAGAUGGGAUCUAACAGCCUCCUUCCUGGCUUCCUGAAGGACCGUCCUCUUCUUCUAGUUUUAGAUUCACCUCUAAUGAUUCUCCAGCUUGGUUUCUCAAUGUGUUUGCAGCUUUUUAAAACAGUUGCUCGUUCUUGCAUCGGGUCUAUUCUAUAAUCACUGCGCUCAGAAGGCCUCUGCACAUUAAAUGUUGUCCUCAUCCUUUAAAAAGCAGUCACAUCUCGAGGUUUUCUUUUUCUUUUUCUCUCUCUAAUAUUGCUGCCUUUUUUUUUUUUAGCAAGAAGCAAUUAGAUCUUAAUAAGCCGCAAGCACUUUGAGAGACUAAUGCUGUAGCACUUCUCUGUCUGUCCACUUUACACAUGUUUAGUUUCUUUUUUUUUUGUCCUCCCCCCCUCCGAUCAUCACCUGGGGUCUGUGUCAUUGCUCCUCAGUCUCUGAAGGGGAGGUCGGACUGUUCGCUCUGUUCCCUGUCAAAAUUAGUCCAGAAGACUCUUGAAAUGUAUCAUUGUUUGAUAUCGAAUGCCUUUGCACAUCAUCAUCAUCAUCAUCAUCAUCAUCAUCAUCUCCAUCUCCUGUUUGACUGGCUGAGUUACAGUGAUGUUGUACUGACUGCUGAAACAACACAAAUACUUCCACACACACGCACAUGCAUACAAACACGGGGGCCAGUACAAAAAAAAACCAAGCUUGUCCCUUCAAUCAAGAUUGCCCAAGUUUUAGACUAGAGCCAUAUAUAUGAACAUAUAUUUUCAUGCUAUAUUUUAUAUUAAGCUAUAUGUUAGGGUUAUGUUUGUGAGAUAUUUAUGUAUAUUUGUCGGCCAAAGUGGGCUUCAGCCUGCGGGAGCUGUUCACCAAAUCUACAGGAGGCCCCCCCCCCCCCCCCUCAAGUCUUGACACCUGAUGCACCUGUAGGUAUUUUAAGUAUUGUGAGUAUGGUUCCGCUGUGGUAUUUCCCUCCUAUAAUGUCAUAUUGUACAUAUUAAUGAUCCUACUAGAAUCCACAGGGAGCAAAGAGCGAGAACAAAGGUUUGAUCUAGCGGAUUAUACUAAACAGCGUGGUAUUAGUUGCACUAUUUUCAAACACCAGCUGGGCAAAGUUGGAUCUACUUAAUGCACCGCGCUCUCUCAAAGGUCUUGUAGUUGGGUGUACAUCAGGUGCAAGAUGCUGGGAGGAGGGGGGGGGGUUUCGAUGUGGGAUGGUGCAACAGGAAAGGUCUGAAGCGCACUUCAGCUUUAGCACUACAGUCAUCUCAGAAUGGGCGGGAGGAGGGUCUCAAAACGCACACGGCCCACUUCUUCUCCCCCCGAUUUAGCCGACACUACGUAGGGUGCCUCUAGUGUGAAUGUUAAAAACGCUUCUGUCAGCUCAUGCCUGACGCACACUUUUUAUCUUCAUCGACAUCAUGUUCAGAAUUCAGCACACAACUUUCCAAAAGAAACACACUUUCACCAGUUGGAACCAAGCCUUCCCACAACAAGUACAAACAUUAAAAAAAAAAAGAAAAGAAGAAA